GGCUAUCACUCUGGUCCGCAUUCUGAUUCCUGAGUCGGUCUUUGGGCGUGUUCAACGUUUCAAGAGAUAUGGAGACAAUUCCUUCACCAUCCGGUGGCAACACGCUGUAUGAGCCUUUGCAUGCUGAGCGUAAGCAAAUUCGCCUGCUCACCAUUCUGCGUGGCGAUUUCGGCGAUGAAGUCUGGUGCACGCUCCAUAUUGGAAGCCUCCUGGACGCCUGCUCUUACGAAACCAUUUCUUAUGCUUGGGGCGAUCCGAAACACCGCAGCAGCAUACUUGUCAAUAGCAGCAGCGUCGACGUCCCAUACAGUUCCAUGGCUGCAGUACGUCGGAUGCGGCUUCCAGAUCUGGAUAGAGUUGUUUGGAUCGACUCGAUAUGUAUCAACCAGCGUGACAAUUUGGAGAAGAACGCUCAGGUCGCUCUCAUGUCUUCCAUUUACAGUAAUGGCAUCCACAACCUCGUCUUCUUGGGCGGUGAUCAAGAUGACAUUGCAACGGAAGUGCAAAGCGUGAUAGACUCAGAGGCUCUGCAGGAGCAAUGGAGCAAGUGUUUCAAUGAGAGUUGGGAUAGUCUAUACCACGUACCAAUGCUGUCUGGCGGCUUCAUUCUGGGCGGCUUCAAGGAAAUGGCCACCACUAUUGCAUCUUACCGCUCCCUUUUGGAAAAAACAUAUGACCUGCCUUGGUUCAGACGCUUGUGGGUCCUUCAAGAGGUUGCGAUGGCUCGCGACAACACUUGUCACUGGGGCACGGCCAAGAUAAAAUUGGAUCAAUUGCUCAUCGUCGCGAAGCUGUUGCAACAGACGUCGAAAGGGAGCUAUCCUCACGGCUUAGCCACAGCAUCGAUGAUGUUCAACGAACGCGCGAUGGGAAAGUUCCAAUUUUCACACAGAACAUUCUUCUCUGUUGCCCAGGCGGGCGAGGACUUCGAAGCCACGGAUCCUCGAGACCGCGUUUUUGCCCACAUUUCUCGGUUUCUUACACCAAGGCUGGAUGCUCGAGACAGCCUGCAUGCCCGCAUAUCUCAAUUCCAUGCACUAUAUCUUGCGCCAAGGCAGGUUCGUGUCAUGUCACCACUAAUUGCUCCGGACUAUUCUAAGACGACUCAGGAAGUGUCCAGAGAUGCCACACGAUAUGCGCUCGAAGGUCAGCCCUCAGAAGUGAGUGUGAUCUGGGGCGUAACUCAGCACAUUUCGCAACAGGACCUAGAAGAUGGUAUCACGACCUGGACAUUUCCAUUUGGUAAUACUUCGCAGCGCUAUGAUGACCGCUUUGCUUCCAAAUUGGACCAUAGCAGCUUUCAUGCAGGGGUGGAGAACAAGCACAUGAAACGCGAGGGCCAGCUUAAGAUGAUAAGAUAUCCGGACGUUACAGAUCCAAAUAUCCUCACGUUGUAUGUGACAAUUUUGGACUCAAUACUGGAGACGACCACGGUAUUGACCUUAAAUGAAACAAAAGAGCUUGCCCUCGAAAGUAGGGUGGUUGAUACUGUCCGCGCGAUGACAGACUUGGACGACGAAGCGACUGCAUUCGUUCUCACUGCGGAGGGACGCCUCAAUUACGAUUUCCCAAAUAGUCCUAUGCCUGGUCCUGAUGAUGAGGACGACGACUUCGCAGAAAUCUUGGAAGGCUAUCACGCUUUUCUGCCGAUGAUGCGCAAUGGGCUGCAGCCACGUCCGAAGCAUCGAGAGAUCGACACAUACGCUACGCGGAAGGCCUUCAGAGGGGCUCCGUUGUCCGAAAAGUUCCUUCACGUGUUCAGAUCGAAGGCGAAGAAUCGCCGCUUCUUCAAGACUACAACAGGCCUUGUUGGUUCUGGGCCUCAGCUCAUGGAAGCGGGGGAUCUGGUCGUUAUUCCGGAACGAGCUUGGGAACCUUGCGUUCUACGUCCUGUAGGCACGCAAUACCUUUUCUUGGGGGUUGCAUAUGUCUUUGGUAUGAUGCACGGUGAAGUGUUCAGAAGACCUGGUGUUCAGUGGAAGUGGGUGGACAUUCGAUGA